AUGAAUCUCGAAUAUUUCAUGCAGCUUAAGCAGUAUUCCACCGAUAGACAACGGAGGUGGUUACAACAACGCUCUCUUCUUGCAAAUCCGCUUCAUUGCCGUGGAUGCAACACGAACAUGACUCUAGUUGAAAGGUCCAGGGACCACAUAGAUGGCUAUCAAUGGUAGGAAUUGUAUAUUUAACCCUUAUUAAGAUAUUUAUUACCCUAUUUGCACAAAAUAUGUUGUUUUAAUGACACCUGAGAGCAACGAAUCUCACAUUUGGCAUGGAUUAAAUCCCUGGUAGCAGAGAUCUCUCACGACGAGGCAAAAAUGAAAGACCUCUGCUAACAGGGAAUGCGCGCGACAUAUCGCAUAUUUCAAUUAAUAUGCUGUUUGUAUUCGAUCACAUGAAUAAUGAACUACGUCGAACAUUUUUGAAGCAUCCUGCGCAUUCUUUAUUAGGUUACGGGUUUUAAAUGAAAGAAAAUUUAAAAAGUACAACCCGUGGUGUCAUAGUCCUUUUGUUUCAAAGCAACACGAGCGAUCGCGAUCAGCUUUGGUCGAAGAAUGUCGAGAAUGUUAAGCAAGCAGUUUUCAAAGAAUCGUUAGCCACCGUGAUGAUAAAAAAGAAAUGUAUUUGAGUUCUAUGAUGUUUCUGUCUGAUGUGGAAAAAAAUUCAAGCAAGCGAAGUCUAUCAUUGCUAUCAAUUGAUAUACACUUUUGGCGAUAAAAUUAAAGAAACCAACGAAAAGUGUAUUCCCAUCUGUCUAUUUUGCUUUCAGAGAUACAAAAGAAAAUACAACACGGGGAAAUUGAAAACAUGAAUUUAACUAAUUUUCUUCAGGUUAUUACUUCAGCUUUUUAGAAGUUCUUUACUGGAUCGAUAUGUGUAUACACGUAGCAGGAAACUCGAUCGAAUACUUUUCGCAGAGGCGAGGGAGGCUAAAUAAAAAGAAUUAACAAACGAAAAAAGGAAGUCAGCAAUGUUCUCCCUCCGGUUUGACAUUAUUCCUUGAGCCUAUUUUUUUCAUGAAGAUUCAAAGAAGAUUAUUUUUAGUUGUGCGAAAGCGCUUUGUCAAAUGAGCUGCUUUCAGGUAAAAGAAGAGAUUUUUCGUUCACAAGUUUUUUUUCCCUGUCACUUUUCAAGGAAGCCUCGAUGUCGAUGUCGUGCGAGCCUCAUUAUGCCGGCUCGCACCCAAACAUAUGCAACACGGCCGGGUUAUUUGCCAACCGAACAAUAUUGUAACCUGUCUCAGCCUCAAAAGUGCCGCCUAAAAGUCACCAGUAAUCAACGUUGUUCCUUUCAUAGGAGAUGUACAGUGUGCCGGAAAAAGAGGAGUCUGCGCACCAACAGUUUUUUUGAGAAAUAUCCCAAAGUACCCCUUGGUGAUUUGAUCUUGCUUAUCUACUUUUGGUCACAAGAUGAACAACGCAGAAGGGCAGCCAGGAUGCUGUCUUUGAACGAAAACCUGGUAUGCAGGGUUUUUAGGAGUCUGGAAGACAUCUGUUCAGCUGACAUUGAACGAAACCCGUUCAUUCCGUUUCCCGGAACAGCUGUCGUCAAAUGCGACGAGAGCAAAUUCAGCCACAAGGCCAAGGUGGGAUACUCAGUUUUUGAUUGCUGAAACAAAUUAUUUGUUGCCGCGCUCUAAAAGGCCCGUAAAUUUUAAUUUAGUUUUGAUGCAAGUUGUUAGCUCUGUUUAAGCGACGAUCAGAUAACUCCUAUGAGAUUUCUGACAAGAGUAAAUGGGCAGUUGUUAGUACUACGUUUAUCAAAAUUGCACGAAAUCUCCCGCAUUAUUUAUUGCUGUCUGAACUAAAAAAUCUGAAAAAAGUUCUCAUCAAUUGCCUAUCUAAUGCAAAAAAAAAAAAUGUCUACUGUUUUCAUUCUUUUUUUACAGAAUAUGUUUUUGAUUUUUUUCUUUUUUAAUGAACAGUACAAUAGAGGACGGCGAGCACCCGAUUCGUGGGUGUUUGGUGUGUUGUCCACCGCAACGCGGCCAGCCAAGGGGUACUACCAAGUAGUAGAAAGAAGAGACAGAGCUACCCUCUUGCCGAUCUUAGCUAAAUGCCUCCAGCCCGGAAGCGAAGUUUUCACUGAUGACUGGGGGGGCUUAUCAGAACUUGGAACGCCAUCUUCCCAACCAUGUUUCGCUCCAUCGGGUGGUAAUUCACGCCGAUAACUUUGUAGAUCCUACAAGCGGUGUCCAUACUCAAGAGGCCGAAUCUGCGUGGAACAAUUUGAAACUCGGAAUUAAGACCCGACGUGGAGUAGAGGCUAAAGACCUCCAAGCCUACUUAAAUGAUAGGAUGUGGAGGCAGUGGAGAGGAGGAGAACGAGUUCUUGCAAAUUUUCUUCCAGUUAUGGCUUCGCAAUUUAAUGAUUACAUUGUAUGAGUCUUCUGUUAAAAGUGUUUUUUAUCGAUAGAGGAGAUGAAGAAUUGUAUCGAUCUACUGAACAUUGUUGUAUUGUAACCGUCAAUAAGGCGGCGUUCUUUGAUUUGUUUGAGGUGAACGCGACUGGAAAGUGUUGUCCGCGGGAGUCGGCGGUCGGUAAUGAUUGCAGAUAAGAAAAGAAACUUUUUCUUGCUGGAGGGUAGCUAAGCAAUUUAUGGUUUGUUCUCUUUUUCUCUCGUUAUAGUUAUAGUUAAUAUUGUUGCACAUCAGAUCAUACUUUGCGGUUGAUAGAAUACCGUUACGAUAAAAUGUAAAUUAGAAAUUAAAACUGGUAUUCUCGUGCAUGUAAUUUUAAUUAAAAAAUUAAAACGGUUCUUCACUUUUCUUUCAAGAAACUCUUCACAAGAAACUCAGAAUCCUUUCUCGAGAAAACAGCCGCUCUAAAUUAGGUCUUUUGCAAGGAGGCAGGGCAGUCAAGGAAUAUAAAUGAAAUGAAAUAAAAUGAGUUGGCCUCUUUCCAAUUACAAAUAGUGGAUGAAAAGAUUGUAUCGUAUGUUAGUCUUACCUUGUCUAUUUAGCCAGCGUGUAGAUUGCUUUUGUUUCCUUCACUUCACGAGCAAACUGGAACUCAGGUAUUUAUGCAGGAUUUAGAUGAACUUAAUCAUUUUCUUUGAUUUGCGCUGAAUUUGUAGUCAACAAACACCAGUAAGCAGCUUCUAUAAAGAAAAAUAAUUUUAAAGCGUGUUUAACUAAACAACUUUUAAACAUGUUUAAGCUUUGGUGUGAACGGAGUAUUAGACAAUUUAAGAAUGUUAAAGCAAUAGUAAGCGGGUUAUAUAAUGAAUAUAGAAAUGAAUACUUUUAAAAAUAUAUGAACAUAAAAUAUACGCAAAUAUAUUGGUAAGGUUUUCGGUCUAUGGAUUGUGGGCAGUCGGUCACGCUUGACUGUGAUAAUUUCGAUGGAACAUUGUAGACUACUGUUUCGUCGGACGCUAUUUCUGGCGCGGAGAGAACGCAAACGCAGACGACACACCCUAUCUCUCUCAAUGUCUUCUACCCUGCAUCUGCGCCAGUACCUGCUCAGGAUCAAAAGAAUACGGACUGCAAAGAUGCUAAGAUAUGAUCAAUAAAAGCAAAGGGAAUAGCCAUCAUUUUUUCAAUAACAUCGAUAAACUGCAAAAGCCGUGAACGAAAAAUUUUCCGUUUUUUUUCCUUUUAAAGAGUCUGUCAAUUUAUACCACCAACUCACAGCCGCAUUCUCAGGUUCUCUUUCUUCUGCGCACGCCUCCAGGCUGAUUAAAAACGAAAAAUAGGUAGAGGAGAUGGAGCCUGGGUAGAGGAUUGAUUCCAGCGAUCCCUGGGAGUUUGACGUCACAAUGACAACAAAUCAUAACUGAAAUUAAUAAAUUACUUUUAACAAUUGGGAAACGCUGUUGCACGUUGUUGAGACGUUUGCGCUCUGAAACAAUCAUACUUUGAUAUUCCAUCUCCACGAAGUUGAAAGAAGUACACCAGCCAGCGAAUAUGGCGCAAGAAACAAACGGUAACAACAUCUACAACUGCGUCUUCUCUGAAUCAAUCAAGGAUGGCUUUGAAUGCGUUGUCUGGUACGUAAGUUCUGUUUCUGGUAGCUACAGCAAUAUAGUGACACGCGUUUUGAAAUCCUUGUAGUGCGCAUCGGUUUCACCGAUUACCAAGUACCUCUCAGUCAUUUGUUCUCUAGUUACAGGUUUGACUUAAGUGAAACGCUCGCAUUAAAAGAGCCUUAAAGCCGAUUAGUCUGUGCGCGUUUAACCUUGUCAAGCUUGCGUAAUGUUAACCUUCGCGGUUGUCCGUCGAACAAAAUUCGUGCACGCGUUGUUUCAAAGUUAACUACCACUAACUACAUAUCUAUAGAAAGAUUAUCUGGUAUCAAAGACAACCGCCACUUUAAAAGUACUACGCCGCCAGCCGAUGAAAUGACGGCACCUCGAACGUUCACAGCGAGCAGUACGAUAUUCGUUAGCAGAAAAGUCGUCUUUGGUCUUCUUCUUGGGCCCUGACUAUGACGUUUUUACCGUUUAUGGACGUUUCUUUGUUUUUUUAACGCGUUUCGUGAUUUAAACGUGACUAGUGACACACGACAACAAGGAUACGAGAUGUCGACGCGAAAUCACAUGUAGAACAAAAUGCUAAUGAGGAACACAUAAUGAGAGCUUCCGGAUGAGUUCCUUUCUCGGGAAUAGUUUACUGGGGAGUACAUACACAGCGAGGAUUAUGACACGUAACUGUCAAAUUAACUUUCAUUAAAGGAAAAAUUUUAUACAAAAUAACAUGCGACCGUUGCAAUAUUUUGCUUUUAGUUUUGGACACAUGAGUGAUUUUUUUUGACUGACCUUCCGUUCACUGGAAAAAAAAAAUUAACAGAAGUCGCCCUCUGAAGGUGUUUUGUCAUAUUCUUUUCAUUGCCUCUACUUUGAUGCUAAACCAAAGAGAGCUUGAUCCUGACAAGAAGCCUUGAAUAACCUAAAAACGAAUCCUUUGGUACACCGGAUAGAUUAUUUUUUCGUCGAGGGUCGAGGGUUCCAUAUCGAGGGCGAGGGUUUCAGGUAGAGGGUCGUGGAUAUAAUUUUUUCCCUUUUUUAAUGAACUUUUUUUAAAAGAAAAAAAAAAAGGAAAAUAUAAAGUAAAACAUAGAAAUAAUAGAAAAAAUGAUAGGAUUCUAAAAAUAUGAUCGAUUUCAGAGCUGUUAAAUGUUAGGGGGUGGGGGUGAGUGGCAUUGAUUAUAAAUCUGCGUAGACUUAUCGUGUUACUGUAUUACUACAAAGACGAAAAAAGAUCGAGAAAAGCAAGAUUUCAUACGAAAUAAACGGUUUCACAUCAUGGAAGUGUUUUCCAACUGUCUAGAGCGUUUCAUUUUCAUACUCCGAACAAUAAAAGUUCGCGUCGGCAAUACUUAGUCAGCUUCACAACCGUUCUUCGUGUCGUUCGUCGCACCCCGCCCACCCAACAAUUAGGUUCAUUUAUCAAAUUUAUCUUCCGACGUUGAUUAGAAAAUUUGUUUUUGCGAUUAUAGGAAUACAAGCUGCAGCUGAAACGAAGAAAAAAUGGCCGUGGGCGCCAGUAAAAGAUAAUAAUUUCGGCGAGAAGUCUUAUUUUAUCUGAAAAAGGAUACACUACGCGCCGUGAUACUAAUAAUCAUUGAAUCUGUAUUAAUUGUAGCUUUGAAGUGAUGAUAAAACCAGUUAGUCUGGCAUGUGGACAUUCUGGGUGCAUGAAGUGCUUGCACUCUGUCGUCUCUCUUUCCGACAACGCGGCAUCAAACACAGCUCCGUGCCCCGUUUGCCGCGAAACUUUCCAUCGCGAUCGAUUGCAUCUGAACGUCAGCCUUGACGCACUAACAAGAAAUCUGGGUAUGCAUUGUAGCAAUUCUGGUUGCAUAUGGAAAGGCACUCUGGAACAAGCAAGGGACCAUGGCAAGGGCUGUCCCAAAGCUGUCGUAAAAUGCCCUAACGUUGGAUGCCACCACUCUUCCUUGCGCGAGGACAUGGACGAGCACAGCAAUAGCUGCGAAAAGGCUCUAGUAGAUUGCCCUGGCUGCAGGAAGGAAGUAGCGAGAAGUCGUUUAGCCCAACACGAACGGAGGGAGUGUUUCUAUUCAAAAAUAGACUGCCCACUUGGAUGUGGCAUGAAAUUGCCCAGGUAAGACCCUUACAAUUAACCAAAUGACCAUGGUAAAGCUUGAACUGAACUUUUGCACGAUCUGCACAUCUUGACAGUUCACAACACCGUGGUCUUUUUCUAAAAACUAGUCAAAAAAAAUUCAAAGAAUUCCUUUUAGAAUUUCCUCAGGCGAGAAUGAGACGCAUCUGUUACAGGAAUCUUUGUACAUUGAUUACAACGUCUGAGCUAAUAGAAUUUGUGACUCAAUACUGAGAAAUAAACCCAUUAACACCUCUCCAAUGGGAUUUUUCGGGCAUGAAGUACAAGGAAAAAAGUACAAUAAUACAGCAUACAGCACACUUAUAGGCAGUGAACCGGCUGAAACGAGAGUGAAGUACGGUCAUACUUUCUUGGACCAGUAACAAUAAGUAAUACGGGUUGCAAAGCUCCGAAUGGUUUAAUUAAUUAGUCUUAAAGUUCGUAUAACCCAAAAUAAUUAGUGACUGUUGGUAAUGUUUUUCAGAGCCCAUGUGUGUUUGCACCAGCACAAUUGCCCAUUGAAGGCCUUACAGUGCAAAGUGAGAGGCUGUAAACAAAUAAAACACAGGAGGGACAUGGGUGCUCACGUGUACGAUGCGGCGAGAUCACACUAUGACUUACAGCAUGGUGAGAUACAGCGGUUAUUGGGCCUAAUACAAAGAAAGGUAAGUAUCUCAACUGAUAUCGAUAAAAAAUACGAUGGAACACCAUUAAUACUGACACCAAGGGGACAUACCGAAGUGUCCGUAAUAUCAGGGUGGCCAGAAGGCUCUCAAAUGAAAAAGGGGUAGAGCAGACAUUUUAACGGCAACAAAACGUUUAAAAAUUGUACUUUGACUGUGACAUUAUUUUCGGCUAUGGAAACCUGACGGCUAUUUAUCAUACUCUAGGAUAACUUUAUACCUAAUUGUAACUGCAACUGACGAGUUGAAUCUAUGGAAACCGUACGUUCAUCUAAUAACUCAAUGUUCACGGACUAAAAUUACAGUAACUUAUAAGAGGGUUAAUUUUAUGGCGACAAUAUGAACUUUUCGACGGGACAAAGGAAAUGGUCUCUAAUAUCGGGGUGUCCGUGUUAAGCGGGCGUCCGUAGAGCGGGAUUCCACUGUAAUGUUUAAAGCAAUGACAACAAAAAAAAAAAAAAAAGAGGAGAAAAGACACUGAGUUGUACUGUAAAUUCUCCUACAGGAAACUGUGAUGGAACAAGUGGAAGAAAAGGAAGAUAUGGUUGUGUCAUUCUCCUGGAGAAUUUACGACCUUCCUGCCUCUCUCGCCACCGUGACAGAAGAACGACCUCUCACGAGUGGCGAGAUUAAAUCCCACGGAUACACUUGGAGGGCAGUAUUCACAAAAAACUUGGAUUUGUUUUUACAGCUGGUUUCUGCCUCAUCUCCCGUUUCAGUAGAGAUAAGGUGAGAGGAGCUGGUGUGAAAUAUUGGCGUGUAAAUUUUUUUCAUGCGAAUGGACAGCACCUGACAGACCUCUUAGGCCCCCCAAAAAGUCAGAAAGUAGAUUGGAGUCAGGUAAUGAAAAUUGUCGAGGGAGGGUUUUGUUCUUAUGAUGAGCUUAUACCAAUAAUGAUCAGUUAAAAUCCAUUUAAAAUGACGCGAGUGCAAUAGCUCGAUUGACACGACUUGUCAAGAACGGAUAUCACUGAUAUGAAGUAAACAGGUAUACAUGCGAUAUAACACAUAGAAGAUUAAUGGCAAUUCAUAACCUUUUGGUUUUUAUCUUCAUAGGAUGGUGAUUUCUCCAGGAAAGGAAAACGAAACCAUCAAAAAGCUACCACCCACAAGAAUGAGAGAGGGAUCGAUGUGGGGGUGUAACCUUUCACAAGUAAACCGUUGGGUCGAUGUGGAGGGGGAGAUUGAAAUAAAGUUUUUAAUCAUUUAUAAUAUAUGUUUUAAAAUAGAAUAA